CUGGCCACUUCCGAAGCUCCCGACGCCAUGGAGGAGUGGGAUGUGCCCCAGAUGAAAAAAGAGGUGGAGAGCCUCAAGUACCAGCUGGCCUUCAAGAGGGAGAUGUCAUCCAAGACCAUCCCUGAGCUCCUCAAAUGGAUCGAGGAUGGGAUCCCCAAGGACCCGUUCCUGAACCCCGACCUGAUGAAGAACAACCCAUGGGUGGAGAAGGGCAAGUGUGCCAUCCUGUGA